GGAGGGGCAAGGAGGAAGGGGCUGGAGGAGGGUACGUGGGGGCGGGCCACCCCACGGCUGAAGCACUGCACCAGACUCAGGCAGAGGGCCAGCCAUGUCCAGCCCAGGGCUCCUGCUCCUGCUCUUGCUGCUGUCAGCGUCACCACCGCUGCGACCCUCCUCGCUGGCACCGCCGGAAACCCCAGAAGGCAAAGCCACCAUCACAGGCCUCAUCCUCUCCGCGCUGGAGAGAGCCAUUUCCUUCCUGGAGAAGAGGCUGCCUGAAAUCAACCUGGAUGGCGUGGUGGGGUUCCGGGUGCUGGAAGUGCAGCUAAAAGGUGUUCAGGAAAAAUGGGCUCGGGACCCCCAGCUGCAGCCGCUGAGCCUGAGUGUGGGGAAGCUGGUGGAAAAACUAGCACCUCUCCUUCACAGAUCCAUUUUCUACCUCGACCUGAGUGACCCUAAGUACCUAAGAGAGUUCCAAUCAACCAUCCAGCCUGGGUUUUGGAAGCUUCCGCGUGCCUGGACCUGCACAGAUGCCUCCAUGGUCUACCCCACAUUUGAGACUCAGGACUCCUUCUCAGAGGAAAGCAGUGACUCGUGUCUGGUGCAGCUGCUGGGAACAGGGACCGACGGUGGCCAGCCCUGCAGGCUCUCAGACUUCUGCAGGACCCUCAUGACCAAGUCCGGCUGCUCAGGCUAUUGCCUGUCUCACCAGCUGCUCUUUUUCCUCUCAGCCAGAUUGAAGGGAUGCACGGAGGGGCUGUUCCGCCACAGCCAGCACUACAUGAACCUCUUUUGUGCCAACAUGAUGGACCUGAACCAGAGAGCUGAGGCUAUCGGAUAUGCGUACCCAACCCGGGACAUCUUCAUGGAGAACAUCAUGUUCUGUGGAAUCAGUGGCUUCUCAGACUUCUACAAGCUCUGGUGGCUGGAGGCCAUUCUCAACUGGCAGAAGCCAGAGGAAGGAUGCUUUGGGAGGCCUGCUGCUGAAGAUGAAGAAUUAUUGACAGCCAUUCAACACCAACAGCACAUUUUAAGAAGAGUGAAGAGGCGAGAAAAACAAUUUACAGAUGGCUGCUCCUCCCACAACACAGCCAUGGCUGUCGCAGCCCUGGGUGGCUUCCUCUACGUCCUGGCAGAAUACCCCCAGCAAAUGGAGAGCUGUGGCAGUCCACACUGGCACGACCCAGCGGCCACUGAGACAAAUGAUUCCACUCCUGCCCCUGGAAGAUAAGACAGAUGCCUUUAGUCCUUCCUCCCUUAAAUCCUGGGUGCCUGGGUCAUACCUUGACCAGGAGGUAGCUGAAGACGCAGACUAGCCAAGCAACCCAGCUUCUCCGCACGGAGCAGGGCCAGGGAAGGUGAGGCUGGGAUGGAUCCAGGCGUAGAAGCAGAGAAAUAAAUUCAGAGUGCCGUCGAGUGGGGAGUUGAGUGUUGUUUCUCAGCCGUGUGGACAGCUUCUGUUUCAACACAAAUUCCAAGGAGACCCAUAAACUUGAGCCUUAAAGGCAAUUUAUGCAGAUGUCAACUGUUGUGUCUUUCCCAGUGGGAGAAAUGAGGGUCUCCGAACCUGACAGUUGGAGUCAUGACCGAACUUGAGAUCUGACCACGAAAAGCAACACAUAAACUCUUUGUACCCAUGCAAGGAACUCUACGCUAUCAUGUCACAGCCUGUCACAGCCUUGUCAUUUUACAGAAGGCAGUGUGACAUAAUGGUUAAGGAUGAGGUUCUGUGUCCAGGCUGCCUUGAGUCCACAUCCCAGCUGCCCCACCAAGUAGCUCCGUGUCCUUGGGCGAAGUCAUUUAGCAGCUCUGUGACUCUGUUUCCUCAUCAGGACAGUUGGGAUCAUUACAGCACCUACCUCCGGAUUACUUGCAGUGCUGUGAGAAUCAUGUUCUUAGUGUCCUAAGAACAAUUCCUGUAACAUAAUAAGUGCCAGGGGAGUGUUCCCUGCUUGUACUUCUUCCUUCGUGUUCUGCUUCAUUGGCACCAAGAAGAGGUAAAAACACCAAAGGAUGAAUCUCUUUAUCACUCCCGCACCCCAGACCUCAGCUUCUUAUUGAAGAUAAAUUACAUGAGCACGUAACAUGAUGUGGAGAUUCGCCUUUUCCAGACACUGAAAACAAGUGGAACCACACAACAGAACUUUUGGGGGUGAUGAAAACGUCCUAAAAUUGGACUAAGAUAUGCUAUCUCUGCAACAUCUACUGAAAAUCAUUGACACGUACACUUUAAAACAGUUAAAUUUUAUGGUAUGUAAAUUAUACCUCAAUAAAACCAUUAUAUAAAAAAAACAAAAACAAAAACACACAAAAAAACCCCAAGAUCUUCCAGUAGCUUCCUGUUUCCACUUAGGCUGAAAUCCAAAUGAAUUUCUCUGGAGCCCUGCAGGAUCUGGCGUUGGCCUGACCCUUCCUCCUCUACCCUCCCCGACCAAGCUCCAGCCCCAUCUGCGGGCUCUAUAGUGCCCUCUUCUUGUGAGGCUCUGGCCCUGCAUCUCCCACAGCUGUCCCUUUUUUCUGGUCCCUUAUUACUCAGUCUACAAUGGGCUUCGAGAGGCCUUCCCUGCCACCUCCCCCUAAGACAUGGUUCUUUCUCCAUCCUGCUUCUUCCCACCACACUUGGGUUGUUUAGUGUGUGUCUCCACGAGGGCAGGGCCAAGCUGUCUGUUUCAUCAGCCUCUAGCACAGAGGAGGCACUCAAUCUGUUGAAUACCCAAGUGACUAUACAGCCAGAUGAGGAUGUUGAGAAGAGACAAAGGUACUCCUAAGGAAGGAUAAAUGUGAGCAGAGGAGACAGCCCUGAGUUAGUUAGCUGGUAUGGCCUGAACUGUGGGUUCGGGCUUGUUGAAAGAUAAACUGAGGCAUAUUAAAAAUGUUAAGGGUUUAUUUGAGCAAAAAUCAAUUCAAAUCCAGCAGUACCAAAUUGAAGUGGAGAGGAGCCAGGGGAAAGACCUCAACAAAGAAAGCGAGAAAAUAAAGACAGGAAAUUGGUUGCCUAUAGUUUAAUGCCUAGUUGGCUGUUAGUUAAAGCUGUUUGUAAAUGGCCAUUCUUAGCAUUUUGGUUUCAUAACCUUGAAGCAUUUACAGUCUUGGGUUCUCGUUUGCUUCUGUAAGCAGUGUUAAAGAAAAAGAGGUGCACCUGGCUGGCUCAGUUGUGUAGCGUGCAACUCUUGAUCUCAGGAUCCUCAGUUCGAGGGUCACGUUGUAUGGAGAGAGGAAAAAAAGAAUGAGAGAAAGAGAGAGAAAGAAAGAGAGAAAGAGAAAAACAGAGAGAGAGAGGGAGAGGAAGGAAGGAAGGAAGGAAGGAAGGAAGGAAGGAAGGAAGGAAGGAAGAAAGAAGAGAGACAACGGGCCCCAAAUAGAGUCACAUAUGCCAAGCCCCACGUCAGCAAACCAAGACUUAAUACCUAACUUAACUGCAGUUUCAGCCUCUUCCAGGAAUGAAAGUUUUAACUCCAGUCUGGAGUAACCUGGUCAGCACUAGUGAAGUCAUCUACAACAUAGGCCCCUGCCCUUCCCCCAAAGGAAGGUGAAGUUGCCAGAAACAAUCUUUCUUUGUCUCACUCCCUGUCUGCCUAUAAACGCCUUUCAUUUUGUACGGCUCUUUGGAGCUCCUUUCUAUUUGCUAGAUGGAAUGCUGCUUAGUUCAUGAGUCGUUGAAUAAAGUCAAUUUGAUCUUUAAA